UUUAUUUCAGCUGACCAAGCUGUAUAAGUCGGGAAUAGAAGCAGCCCCGAACAUUAGCCAGAGUUUUUAUAGGAUUAGAGACCAUUGCUCAAACAGAACAUCUGUGGGCCAAUCAGGUUUACACAACACAGCAAAAUUCAAACACAGCAAACUUUGAAUUUACCAAUCAACAACCUGUUAUUGCGCGGGCUUGGACAAGCGAAGCAAGUUUACAGAAGCCAGAUAAGCAGUCAAGUGCAGGCCUAGAUUAGAACAUCCUGUGGUUUUCCAGUUAGGCCAUUUCUUGGAACUCAAAGUUGCUCCUCCUUUCUAGGUAUUUUCCGUAAGCAGGGUAAAAGGCACUUUUUGAAAUGGCUGCUCUGGAAAAAUGGAGCAAUUUAAGUUAUAUUAGUUGGCUGAAACAGUUCAGUGAUGACACACGUAGGUCCCCGGGACUGCAGGUGAAGCCGAGUAGGAAUCAGCCAGGAAGAGGACACACCACACAUACCGCGCGAAUUCCUGGGGCGGCAAGAGCUGAAGGAACCGGGAGAAAAUGGACAGCGAACCAGGAACUAAGCUAGUCCACCAGAAUAGCCGGAAGCACCACUGCCACGCUUCCUCUGGCGUCACGGCACGCGACGGGGCAGGACGGGGCGCGGCUGCACCCGGGCAGGCAGGCGGGACUUCCGUCAAGCGAGUGACGGGCGCGGCCUGGGUGGCUGUGCGUCUGGUGUCGGCUGCCUGAGGCGAUAGAGGCCUGCGGACCCAGGCUGCUGAGCGAGCCGCUUUGGCGGCGGCGGCGGCGGCCGCGAUGAUGGAGAUCCAGAUGGACGAGGGCGGCGGCGUGGUGGUGUACCAGGAUGACUACUGCUCCGGAUCCGUGAUGUCGGAGCGCGUGUCGGGCCUGGCGGGCUCCAUCUACCGCGAGUUCGAGCGCCUCAUCCACUGCUAUGACGAGGAGGUGGUCAAGGAGCUCAUGCCGCUGGUGGUGAACGUGCUGGAGAACCUGGACUCGGUGCUGAGCGAGAACCAGGAACACGAGGUGGAGCUGGAGCUCCUGCGCGAGGACAACGAGCAGCUGCUCACGCAGUACGAACGCGAGAAGGCGCUGCGCAAGCAGGCUGAAGAGAAAUUCAUCGAAUUUGAAGAUGCCUUGGAACAAGAGAAGAAAGAGCUCCAAAUUCAGGUGGAGCACUAUGAGUUUCAGACACGCCAGCUGGAGCUGAAGGCCAAAAACUACUCAGAUCAGAUUUCCCGAUUGGAGGAGCGGGAGUCAGAGAUGAAGAAGGAGUACAAUGCACUGCACCAGCGGCACACAGAGAUGAUUCAGACCUACGUGGAGCACAUCGAAAGAUCCAAGAUGCAGCAGGUCGGGGGGAGCGGCCAGACAGAAAGCAGUUUGCCAGGGCGGAGUCCCCGCCAGUCAUGGAGGAAAAGCAGAAAGGAGCGCCCUACCUCUCUGAAUGUCUUCCCCCUAGCCGACGGUAUGGUACGUGCACAGAUGGGGGGAAAGCUCAUGCCUGCGGGGGACCACUGGCACCUGAGUGACCUCAGCCAGCUGCAAUCCAGCUCCAGCUACCAGUGUCCAAACGAUGAGAUGUCUGAGUCAGGCCAGUCCUCGGCAGCUGCCACACCCAGCACCACAGGUACCAAGUCCAAUACACCCACAUCUUCCGUGCCCUCAGCAGCCGUCACUCCACUCAACGAGAGCCUGCAGCCCCUGGGGGACUAUGGUGGUGGCACAAAAAACAACAAGCGGGCCCAAGAGAAGCGUAAUAGCCGCAACAUGGAGGUCCAGGUCACCCAAGAGAUGCGGAACGUCAGCAUUGGCAUGGGCAGCAGUGACGAGUGGUCUGAUGUUCAGGACAUUAUCGACUCCACCCCAGAGCUGGACGUGUGUCCAGAGACUCGAAUGGACCGCACAGGAAGCAGCCCGACUCAAGGAAUUGUGAACAAAGCUUUUGGCAUCAACACCGAUUCCCUGUACCACGAGCUGUCUACAGCAGGGUCUGAGGUCAUUGGGGAUGUGGACGAGGGAGCUGACCUCCUAGGGGAGUUCUCAGUACGCGAUGAUUUUUUUGGAAUGGGCAAAGAAGUGGGAAACCUGCUGCUGGAGAACUCACAGCUUCUAGAGACAAAAAAUGCUUUGAAUGUGGUGAAGAAUGAUCUCAUUGCCAAGGUUGACCAACUUUCUGGAGAGCAGGAGGUGCUAAAGGGGGAGCUAGAAGCUGCCAGGCAAGCCAAAGUGAAGCUGGAGAACAGAAUCAAAGAGCUGGAAGAAGAGCUAAAAAGAGUCAAGUCCGAGGCGGUCAUCGCCCGCCGUGAGCCCAGAGAAGAGGUGGAGGAUGUAAGCAGCUAUCUCUGUACAGAAUUGGACAAAAUCCCCAUGGCCCAGCGCCGCCGCUUCACUAGAGUAGAGAUGGCUCGAGUUCUCAUGGAGCGCAACCAGUACAAGGAACGGCUGAUGGAGCUGCAGGAGGCUGUGCGGUGGACUGAGAUGAUCAGAGCAUCCCGGGAGCACCCGUCUGUCCAGGAAAAGAAGAAAUCCACUAUCUGGCAAUUCUUCAGCCGUCUCUUCAGCUCCUCCUCUAGCCCCCCUCCUGCCAAGCGCUCCUACCCAUCGGUAAACAUCCACUACAAGUCACCUACCGCCACCGGCUUCAGCCAACGCCGCAGCCACGCCAUGUACCAGAUCUCAGCCGGCAGCCGACCCCUGGAAUUCUUCCCUGAUGAUGACUGCACCUCUUCUGCCCGGCGGGAGCAGAAGCGUGAACAAUAUCGCCAAGUGCGAGAGCAUGUGCGCAAUGAUGAUGGGAGGCUGCAGGCCUGUGGGUGGAGCUUGCCUGCCAAAUACAAGCAGCUGAGCCCUAAUGGAGGCCAGGAAGACACCCGGAUGAAGAAUGUGCCUGUCCCUGUGUACUGCCGACCUCUGGUGGAAAAGGACCCCACCAUGAAGCUCUGGUGUGCUGCUGGUGUCAAUCUGAGUGGAUGGAGACCGAAUGAGGAGGAUCCUGGUAGUGGAGUUAAGCCUGUGCCAGGACGAGACCCUCUGACCUGUGACCGGGAAAUAGAAGUUGAGCCGAAGAGCAACCACACAUCACCUGAGAGGAAGAAGGCAAAGGAGGUCCCUGAGACAGAUGCUACCUCCAGCCGGGUAUGGAUCCUCACCAGCACCCUGACCACCAGCAAGGUGGUGAUCAUCGAUGCCAACCAACCAGGCACCGUUGUGGACCAGUUCACAGUCUGCAAUGCCCACGUCCUGUGUAUCUCCAGCAUCCCUGCGGCCAGCGACAGUGACUAUCCCCCAGGGGAGAUGUUCCUAGACAGCGAUAUGAAUCCCGAAGAUUCGGGCACUGAUGGUGUACUGGCUGGCAUCACCCUGGUAGGGUGUGCUACUCGCUGCAAUGUGCCACGUAGCAACUGUUCCUCCCGAGGAGACACCCCAGUGCUGGACAAGGGGCAGGGGGAGGUGGCUGCUACGGCUAGUGGGAAAGUCAACCCAUCCCAAUCCACAGAAGAAGCCACAGAAGCCACAGAGGUGCCAGACCCUGGUCCAAGUGAGCCAGAGGCAGCUGCAGUUUGCCCAGGGCCCCUCACAGAGCAUGUCUUCACUGACCUGGCACCUACCCCACCUUCCAGCACGCAGCCUGGCAGUGAGAAUGGGCCAGAGCCAGAUGGAAGCAGUGUUCAGCCUCAGGUGGAGCCCAGUGGGGACACCUCAGCAGCCAGCAGCAGUGCUGCACCCACCAUGUGGCUAGGAGCCCAGAAUGGCUGGCUCUACGUGCACUCAGCAGUGACCAACUGGAAGAAGUGUCUGCAUUCUAUCAAGCUGAAAGACUCUGUGCUGAGCCUGGUGCAUGUCAAAGGCCGAGUACUGGUGGCUCUUGCAGAUGGGACCCUGGCCAUCUUCCAUCGUGGUGAGGAUGGCCAGUGGGACCUGAGCAACUACCACCUCAUGGACCUUGGCCACCCACAUCACUCUAUCCGUUGUAUGGCUGUUGUGGAUGAUCGUGUCUGGUGUGGCUACAAGAACAAGGUGCACGUCAUCCAGCCCAAGACAAUGCAGAUCGAGAAGUCAUUUGAUGCCCAUCCAAGGCGGGAGAGCCAGGUACGACAACUGGCCUGGAUUGGUGACGGAGUAUGGGUCUCCAUCCGCUUGGACUCCACCCUGCGGCUCUACCAUGCUCACACCCACCAGCACCUGCAGGAUGUGGACAUCGAGCCUUAUGUUAGCAAGAUGCUGGGCACUGGCAAGCUGGGCUUCUCCUUCGUCCGCAUCACAGCCCUUCUCAUCGCCGGCAACCGCCUGUGGGUGGGCACUGGCAACGGGGUUGUCAUCUCCAUCCCCCUGACUGAGACUGUAGUCUUGCACCGAGGCCAGCUCUUGGGUCUUAGAGCCAACAAGACAUCCCCCACAUCUGGGGAGGGGGCCCGCCCUGGUGGCGUCAUCCACGUAUACGGGGACGACAGCAGUGACAAGGCAGCCAGUAGCUUCAUCCCCUACUGCUCCAUGGCUCAGGCUCAGCUCUGCUUCCACGGGCACCGUGAUGCUGUCAAAUUCUUCGUUUCAGUGCCAGGAAAUGUGCUGGCCACUCUCAAUGGCAGUGUUCUGGACAGCCCAUCAGAGGGCCCUGGGCCUGCUGCACCUGCUGCAGAUGCUGAGGGCCAGAAGUUGAAGAAUGCACUGGUGCUGAGUGGAGGUGAAGGUUACAUUGACUUCCGCAUCGGGGACGGAGAAGACGAUGAGACGGAGGAAGGUGCCGGGGAUGUGAACCAGGUGAAGCCUGUGUUGUCCAAGGCUGAGCGCAGCCACAUCAUUGUGUGGCAAGUCUCCUACACCCCUGAGUGAAGCCUGCCCUGCCUGAUGCCAACUGUACAUAGGACCUUGCCCGCCUGCCCUCUGCCUGUCCCCUGGGGCAGCCAGGCUCAUCCAUCCCCUUCUAACCUCUCAACUUGCAGCUUUUGCCUGAGGUCCAACAUCCCCAGCUGUUAGGGAGGGGUGAGACAGGUCAUUGGGAGGGAGCAGGUAGGGUUCCCAUCAGGGAGGAGAGAGCCUCUGGGAUAUCAGCUCCUGGCCCUAGCCAGCACCCAGCCCAACAUGAUGUCCCAGGGGCCCUUCAGGACAAGGCAGGACCAAGAUGGCUAUCAGUGGCCCUCACAUGUGGCCCUGGUUCCUCUUAGACCUCCUUAGUCCUGGCAAGAACAAGGGCCUUCUCCCAAGUCCACUUGCUUUGCAUGCUGCCCUGAGGCAGGGUUCCUGAUUCCUAAGCCCUUGGUCUCUCAGAGGGACCCAGACCCAGCUGCCUUCUGCCGAGAUAGGGCUCAGGCUACCCAGGCUCCCGGACCUCAACCAGCCUUCUGUGGGCUUUCCCAUCUCCAAACUUCCGUUCCCUCAGUCCCCAGCCUGGGUCUCACGUAGGACCUGGCAUGAAAGCUCAGGGCCAGGCUCCCUGGGCAGCUGCUUCAAAGGAUGACCCAUUAACCCAAGGGAGCCCAAGGUUGUCCAGCCCCACACCAACCAGUGUACUCCAGGGUCUUCCGGGCUACAAGACUUACCUUGGAGGAACAAGACCCUAGGGUAGAAUUUCUCAGGCUGCCAGGGCAGGCCCAGGCCUCAGGAAGAAGGGUGUCCCUGGCUGCCCCAGGGUCAGUCUUAGGAUGCAGGCUCAGGUUGAUGGGGAGAUGGUAAUGUUCCCAGGGCCUGCUUCCUGCACAGGGCUCCAAGGAGCCCAGCUCCCAGACACAUACUAAGUGCCUAGGGUUGCCCACUGUGAUCUGUUCCUUUGAAGAGCAACUGACAAGAAGCUGCCAGGCAGGGGCCAGAAAGGCUGAGGACAGGUCAAGAUGGGCACAGUUCUAAGCAAGUGUGUGGGGGCAAGCACUGCCCUGGGCCACCCUGGCAAGGUAGCCUGCUCUGCUGGCCUUUCUACUUUCUUGGUCCUGGCCUUACUCUCCACCAGGAACACUGAUCAGGGCUAGCUGGUCCCUGCUGUCCCCUCCCCACCAGAGAAGCACAUAUCCUGGGGCACUGUUGUUGAUCCUAUCUGGCUACCACAAGCUGGAGCAAUGUGCUGCGGCAGGCUUCUCCCCACCACCCUGCCACAUCUCCACUGUGAUGUAUGUCCCUUGUCAGUUCCCACAGGAGUGUGACGUAACUUGGGUUAACUGGGUGGGUGCAGCUGGAGGAAGGGCUAGUGCAACUCAGGCUUUGGCCCUGCAAGUGAACCCACAUAUCUGCUCUGUAUGUAAUAAACGUCUUAACACUACCUCUGUCUUGGGACCAUGCCAGUGCACACAAACGUUUUCUGUAGUUUAUUAGAAAAAGAAGUACGGGGAGGGGAGGUGUGAGCAGCUGUCCCUGGGUGGACUAGAUUGGGUGGACUCACAACCAUAUUACUGCUGCCAAGUU